GAAUUUGCCACCUUGACCCGGGAGCUGAGCAUGUGUCGGGAACAGCUUCUAGAAAGGGAGGAAGAGAUAUCAGAGCUGAAAGCAGAGCGGAAUAACACAAGGUUGCUUCUGGAACAUCUGGAGUGCCUGGUGUCCCGCCACGAGCGGUCGCUGCGGAUGACUGUGGUGAAGCGCCAGGCCCAGUCGCCUUCAGGGGUCUCCAGUGAGGUGGAGGUGCUGAAGGCCCUCAAGUCGCUGUUCGAGCACCACAAGGCCCUGGAUGAGAAGGUGCGGGAGCGGCUCCGGGCGGCCCUGGAGCGAGUCACCACUUUGGAAGAGCAGCUCGCCGGGGCCCACCAGCAGGUGUCUGCCCUGCAGCAGGGGGCCGGGGUUCGGGAGGGAGUGGCAGAAGAAGAGGGGACUGUGGAGCUGGGACCGAAGCGCCUGUGGAAGGAUGACACGGGCCGGGUAGAGGAGCUGCAGGAGCUCCUGGAGAAGCAGAACUUUGAAUUGAGCCAGGCUCGGGAGCGACUGGUCACCCUGACGGCAACAGUGGCCGAGCUUGAGGAGGACCUGGGCACGGCCCGCCGGGACCUCAUCAAGUCGGAGGAGCUGGGCAGCAAGCAUCAGCGGGACCUCCGGGAGGCUCUGGCUCAGAAGGAAGACAUGGAGGAGAGAAUCACAACACUAGAGAAGCGCUACCUGGCUGCACAGCGUGAGGCCACGUCCAUCCAUGACCUCAAUGACAAACUGGAGAAUGAGCUGGCCAAUAAGGAGUCCCUGCACCGCCAGUGUGAGGAGAAGGCCCGGCACCUGCAGGAGCUACUGGAAGUGGCAGAGCAGAAGCUGCAGCAGACGAUGCGCAAGGCCGAGACGCUGCCGGAGGUGGAGGCCGAGCUGGCUCAGAGGAUUGCAGCCCUCACCAAGGCUGAAGAAAGGCACGGCAGCAUUGAGGAGCACCUGCGGCAGCUGGAGGGGCAGCUGGAGGAGAAGAACCAGGAGCUGGCGAGGGUACGCCAGCGGGAGAAGAUGAACGAGGACCACAACAAGCGGCUGUCAGACACCGUGGACCGGCUGCUCAGCGAGUCCAACGAGCGCCUGCAGCUGCACCUCAAGGAGCGAAUGGCCGCCCUGGAGGAGAAGAACACGUUGAUCCAGGAGCUGGAGAGCUCCCAGCGGCAGAUCGAGGAGCAGCACCAUCACAAGGGCCGCCUGUCUGAAGAGAUUGAGAAGCUGCGCCAAGAGGUGGACCAGCUGAAGGGUCGAGGGGGGCCGUUUGUGGAUGGCGUCCACUCCAGGUCGCACAUGGGCAGCGCAGCGGAUGUGCGGUUCUCCCUGAGCGCAGCCAGCCACGUGCCCUCAAGCCUGCACCGCCACUACUCAGCUCUGCGGGAGGAGUCUGCCAAGGACUGGGAGCCCUCUCCACUGCCUGGGGUGCUGGCCCCCACAGCCGCUCCUGCCUUUGACAGUGACCCCGAGAUCUCCGACAUGGAUGAGGAUGAGCCAGGGGGUCUGGUGGGCUCCGUGGAUGUUGUCUCCCCCAGCGGCCACUCGGAUGCCCAGACCCUGGCCAUGAUGCUGCAGGAGCAGCUGGAUGCCAUCAAUGAAGAGAUCAGGAUGAUCCAGGAAGAGAAGGAGUCCACGGAGCUGCGUGCCGAGGAGAUCGAGACUCGAGUGACCAGCGGCAGCAUGGAGGCCCUCAACCUGACCCAGCUGCGCAAACGCGGCUCCAUGCCCACCUCUCUGACUGCCCUGUCCCUGGCUAGCGCGUCCCCUCCGCUCAGCGGCCGCUCCAUGCCUAAGCUUACCUCCCGCAGUGCUGCCCAGGACCUGGACCGCAUGGGGGUCAUGACCCUGCCCAGUGACUUGAGAAAGCAUAGGAGGAAACUGCUGUCGCCAGUGUCUCGGGAAGAGAACCGAGAGGAUAAAGCCACCAUAAAAUGUGAGACUUCUCCUCCUUCCUCACCCAGGACGCUGCGGCUAGAGAAGCUUGGCCAUCCAGCCCUGAGCCAGGAAGAAGGCAAAAGUGCUCUGGAGGAUCCGGGCAGCAACCCAAGCAGCAGCGACGGCAGCCAGGACUCCUUGCACAAGGGCGCCAAGCGCAAGGGCAUCAAGUCGUCCAUCGGCCGCCUGUUCGGGAAGAAGGAGAAGGGCCGGCUAAUCCAGCUGAGCCGGGAUGGACCCACGGGCCAUGUUCUGCUAACAGACUCCGAGCUUGGUCUGCAGGAGCCCAUGGUGCCUGCCAAGCUGGGGACCCAGGCAGAGAAGGACCGGCGGCUGAAGAAGAAACACCAGCUGCUUGAAGACGCCCGCAGAAAAGGAAUGCCCUUUGCCCAGUGGGAUGGCCCUACUGUGGUCUCCUGGCUGGAGCUCUGGGUGGGGAUGCCUGCCUGGUACGUGGCAGCCUGCCGGGCCAACGUCAAGAGCGGUGCCAUCAUGUCGGCCCUGUCGGACACGGAGAUCCAGCGUGAGAUCGGCAUCAGCAACGCCCUGCACCGGCUCAAGCUCCGGCUGGCCAUCCAGGAGAUGGUGUCGCUGACCAGCCCCUCCGCCCCACCCACCUCCAGGACUUCUUCCGGGAAUGUCUGGGUCACCCAUGAAGAGAUGGAAACUCUGGCAACACCCACUAAAACAGACAGUGAGGAGGGCAGCUGGGCUCAGACCCUGGCCUAUGGGGACAUGAACCACGAGUGGAUUGGGAACGAAUGGCUCCCCAGCCUGGGGCUCCCCCAGUACCGCAGCUACUUCAUGGAGUGCCUGGUGGACGCCCGCAUGCUGGACCACCUCACCAAGAAGGACCUGCGGGUCCACCUGAAGAUGGUGGACAGCUUCCACCGGUGAGCAAGGCCAGAGCGUGCCGCGGGCCUCCCCCAGCCCUGGGGGUCUGUCUGCAGGGAUCCAGGGGCCUCCAGCUCCUUGUGUGGCCCGUCUGGGCGCUAAUGGGUCUCCCGCUUGCGAAAGCCAGAUCCUUAUCUCAUCCUGCAAUGUGAGGGAGGAUUCGGUCCUCUCACCUCCAGCCCUUAAGACACAGAAAGUCAUUCUUCCUUAGCUUCACAUUCUUGGAGAUUUCCCUCCUAGGUCUGCAUUUCAUUUCUUUGUCUUUGGGCUUGCUGAAGUUUCUCUGUUCACCCUGGGAAGCCUCAAACUGAAACCAGUGUCCCGUUUCGGGAUCUAAUUCCUUCUAAGUUGAGAGGAAAGGUCUUUCUGGGCCCUAGUCCUGCCUGCAUCCCAGAUCUGAGCCUCUCAGCUUUGAACCCACGCCCUUUGGUAUACGGGAUGCCAUCCAAGUCUCUCCUCCCCUUUGCUGAAAAGGUCUUCUGUUCGCAAGUGUCUGCAGCAGAGGUCUCCACGACUGGCAGCCCGUGGGCAGAAUUUGGCCCCACAAUUGUGUUUUGUUUGGCUGACACGGUAUUUUAAAGAUUAUGAAUUUAGUUGCCAGCAUUUAAACGCUAGGAAAUUUUGCACAAAAUUCUGGAUGUCUGGCUUCUCUUAAAAAACUGGAAGCUCUGUUGA